AUGUCGUACACGGUUGCCAACCAGCUUCCCGCUGCUGUCACCUUCACCCACAACAACGAGGAGUUCAUGGAACUCUUCAACAAGAUCGGUGCCGUCUCUGUCGCCAUUCACGAGGCGACUAACACCAUCUACACCGCUCGUAGCGGUACUCACCACUUUGCCUGGUCGAGGGAGUGGCGGCUCCUGGAGCUGAACGAGUCAGCCCUCGGCUUGGGCCUCAACCCGGACUGUGACCUCGCAAGGCACAUUCUGGAUGUCGAGCUGGGCCACGGCUCGUGGCAGACUUGGCGUGAUUCGGCCAUGACAUACCUGUCCACGGUCCCCGCCCUGACUUUCCGCACCAGCCCCGGCGUUAUUGCCGAAGUCAUGGCCUCAUUGUGCGACGCCCUUGACCUAGCCGAGGUCAUCGGCGAGAAGGUCGACGACGCCUUUAUCGACAUGAGGGGCUCCGGCUGUUGA